AUGGCCGACUUCACAGGCCUGAGAGUCACCUUGACGCUCAAGAACCCUCCGAGUCUUGUGCUGCAGGGGAAGGUGAUGCAUGUGGUUGCUGGGCAGACUCUUACGCUUCAGGAUGUCUUCUUUCCCGCCAAUGGGUCGAGAGCGCCGACCUGGACGGUACGAGCGACGGAUGUUCAGGACCUGAAGGUCGAUGCGGAUCCGGAGUCCACUGCUGCAACUCGAACGACCGCACCCCCUGUACCAAGCGCUCCGCCGCAGGCACGUCCACCAAGCAAUGGAGGUGCUGCGAACGUUUUGCCGGUGCGAACGACGCCAGCGCCGACGCAUGCGCAACGACAACCUUCAGACUUCGUGGAUCCGGCUAUCCUGAGCUAUGGCAGAUCACCGGCGCCUUCGAAGACCGCCGCAAAACCCGCUGAGCCCUCAACACCAGUGAAGUCUAUGCUCGCAAAAGCGGCGGAGAAUCUACCGAGUAACAGCUCGCCUUUCAUUGGGGAUGCUGGGAAGAGCAGUUCUUCGAGGAAACCCUCGACUGUUAAGAAUGGACAGAAGCAGGGCGUAGAGGGUAGGCAGGCUACUACAGCACAUGGUAUACCUGGGGAUGGUACGCAGGAGGCGGGGCAAGCGGACACAUCGUCGAAGAGAAAAGUGAAGAAGGGGCAGAAGAAGAAGGCUGCCAAUGGCACGCAGGAUCCACCACCCGUCAUGAACAUCGAAGUGUCUAGGAACGGCAAUGAUAUGAACGGCAAUGUUAAGAGAGGGAAGGGAUGGCGCCAGACGCCGUUGCUGCAGCCUUCACCGCAAAGUACCAGCUCACCGCAGCCGGGCAGCAAGAAGAAGAGCAGACGCGAGAGGGAGCAGGACAGAGAGGCAAGCCAAAACGGAUGGGCGACAGAAGAUGCCACGGAUAUCCAAGAGAUGGAGGAGUUCGACUUCGAGGCGAAUCAUAAGUUGUUCGAUAAGAAGACGGUCUUCGACCAGCUCAGGCAAGGCGAUACUACAGCUGAUGAAGAUCGAUUGGUGGGCCACAACAAGCUCGCCAGGCCUGGUACAUAUGGAGGCAAGAAUUUGCAUCCGACGGAAAAUGUGCUGAGUCCGCAGCUGGGGCCGAAGUACAACAGCAACGAGCUCGAUAGUACAAGCGAUGCGGACACAGAGCUGAACUUCAUGGGCGAUGGAGGUAGGUCUUCGUCUCGACACUCCACAACACGGACGGGAGCGAAGAAGCAGCCCAGUCGACAGAAUAGCAAUCAAGUCGAUCCGAGGCCGCAUCCGCUGUCUGCGUCUAUGUCGUCCGAGCGAGGGAUGAGUCGGUCACGGACUUCCCUACCUGGGAGGACCGGCAAAGCGAUGCAUUCCUUGACCACCUCGCCAAUGCCGGAGCGAACGCAGUCGCCAAUGUCUGCACUAUCGGCGACUAGGACCCAUGCACCAUCAACGAUGUCGUCACGUCUCAGAGAAGCUCAUCUCGCCAUCCACCCAACCAUGACGCCUUGUCCUGUGCUCCACCCCAGUGCAUUCGAGACGCUAGAGAAAGAGACUGUCUCGCGCUACGGAUUGACAAGCGAGGCCAUCACCGAGAGCGCAGCGCGCUGUAUCGGCGAGACAGCCAUGGACCUCUUCCACUCAACCACCAGCAGCCGCCGGCCAUCCCGUACCAACACCCUCCGCGGCAGCAUGAGCUCUCAUCUCCCGACCUUUCACCAUCCCACUACGCCCCACACCGUAGUGGUCAUAGCCGGCAACCAUACCACCGGCGCCCGCGCUGUAGCAGCCGCCCGCCACCUCCUCGCCCGCAACACCCACAUUAUCCUCGCCGAAGCACAAUACGAGUCUUCGGAAAGCCAGUCCCCGCAGAUGAAAACUCAGACCGCGAUCCUCAAACGCAUGGCCAAAGCCGGUGCGCCUAUCCGUCGCGGCCCGUGGCGGAGAGCGGAGAAGUAUAUCAAGAACCUGCCUUCUCCGCCCGCGCUGAUCAUCGACGCGCUGCUGGCGGGGAAUACGUACGAGAGUCUGGCGGAGGAGACGUCGAACUCGAAGCAUGCCGCCGACGCGCAGAGGGAGGCGAGGGAGAUGAUCGACUGGGCGAACCGGAGUCGCGCGCCUGUGUUAUCUGUCGGUUGUCCGUCUGGCGUCUCAGGCUUAGACGGGAGCACGACGGUGAUGGAAGGCGAGCCGCUGGCUGUUCGGCCGGGGAAGGUGCUGGCGCUUGGGGUGCCGCUGCAGGGAAUGCUGGAGGCGUUGAAGGGUGGGGAGAGGUGGGAGGUGUGUGUGGGGGAUUUGGGGGUGAAUAUUGCGCUGAGGAGGGAGGAAGGAGUCGGGUUUCGUGGGCAGUGGGUUGUGGAGGUUCGGUAUUUGGAGGAGGAGGGUGAGGGGGUGGUUUGA